AUGAGAUUCUACAGCGUGGUCGCGCCGUCGGCACUGCUGGCCUUGCAGACAACAGCCGUGGUGGCCCAGACGACGGCCCCCGUGCCCCCGGAGCAGUUGCCGCUCAUGCCUGAUUGUGGGAUUAAAUGUCUCCAUUAUGCCAUGAGCCUGUCGCCAUGCGGCGCAGACCUGGCAUGCCAGUGCACCGAUGAUGCCCUGAUAGAAACCAUGACGGGCUGCGUCAUGGCUAGCUGCACCAUCAAAGAGACUCUUUUGACGCGAAACAUCUCCGCCAUGGCCUGUGGCGAGCCCGUUCGCGACAAGUCGCCCGGGUAUGUGGCCGUGUCCAACUCGUUCGGCAUCCUAUCGUCUCUCUUCGUCAUCCAGCGGUUCGCAUACAAGCUGUGGGCCAAGCUCGAACUCGGACCCGACGACUGGCUCACGCUGGCGGCCAUGGUCAGCAGCACGCCGAGCAUCGUCUUCAACGCGCACGUUGUGGCGCCCAACGGCAUGGGCCGCGACACCUGGACGCUGUCGUACGACAACAUCACCGUCUUCUGCCGCUACUUCUUCAUCAUGGAGAUCAUCUACUUUGCCGACGUGGCCCUCGUCAAGCUCGCCCUGCUCUACUUUUACGUCCGCAUCUUCCCCAGCACCGGCGUCCGCCACCUGCUGCUCGGCACCAUUCUUUUUGUCGCCCUCUUUGGUACCACCUUCAUCUUUGUCGCCAUCUUUCAGUGCAAGCCCAUCGACUACUACUGGUGGAAGUGGGACGGCGAGCACCAGGGCCAGUGUAUGGAUUUCAACGCCAUUGCUUGGUCCAAUGCGGCCAUCAGCAUCGUCAUCGACGUCUGGAUGCUGGCGAUUCCCAUGUGGCAGUUGAAGAACCUGAGGCUCGACUGGACAAAGAAGUUGGGGGUCGGUAUGAUGUUUUCCGUCGGCACCUUCGUCACCGUCGUCAGCAUCCUCCGCCUGCGAGCACUCAACUUCAGCGUCCACACAGCGAACCCAACGUGGGAUUUUUUCGACGUCGGCAUCUGGUCCACGGUCGAGAUCAACGUCGGCAUCAUCUGCGUCUGCAUGCCCUCCCUGCGACUGCUGCUGGUGCGCAUCUGUCCGCGCCUGUCGCAGUCGGCACACCGAUACUACGCCCAUCACGAGGCGCCCGCCGGGGCAUACAACCGCGCCGCCUCGAAGCAGCAGCCGUGCCAGACGGGCACGACGUCGCGGGUGGAGCGGUCGCACUUCCGGCCGCCUGUCAACGCCAACGGAAUCAGCUACGAAACGUCGUACGAGGUGGAGUUUGGCGACAAGGACAAGGCCGACGACGAGCUGCAGCUUGUCAUUAUGCGCGACGCGGACGUGAAGAGCAUGGCAAGCUCGAGGAGCGAGCGGUCGGUGAACCUGUGA